AUGGCGGUCGAAAAACAGGGAACCGCAUUGGAUGCGGUCAACUCCCAGAGCUCAAGAGCUCUUUUGAGAACAAUCAUUCUUUUCUUGAUUGCCGGCGCCGCCAUUGCCAGCCGGCUCUUCUCCGUCAUUCGAUUCGAGAGCAUUAUUCACGAGUUCGACCCCUGGUUCAACUUUCGCGCGACCAAGUACCUCGUUGCCAAUGGUUUCUACAAGUUCUGGGACUGGUUUGAUGACCGCACAUGGCACCCUCUCGGCCGCGUCACCGGUGGCACACUGUACCCCGGCCUCAUGGUCACCUCGGGCGUCAUCUACCACGCUCUCAAGGCCUUGACCAUACCCGUCGACAUCCGAAACAUUUGCGUUCUCCUCGCUCCCGCCUUCUCCGGAUUGACGGCGUUCGCCUCCUAUCUCCUUACCAAUGAGAUGACUACUUCACCAUCAGCUGGUCUUUUGGCUGCAGUUUUUAUGGGUAUCGCGCCCGGUUACAUUUCUCGAUCCGUUGCCGGCAGUUACGACAACGAAGCCAUCGCUAUUUUCCUGCUAGUUUUUACCUUCUACCUCUGGAUCAAGGCCCUCAAGCUCGGCUCUAUGCUUUGGGGCGCCCUUUGCGCCCUCUUUUACGGAUACAUGGUGUCGUCCUGGGGCGGCUACGCCUUCAUCACAUGUCUCCUGCCUAUGCAUGCCCUCGUUUUGAUCUGCAUGGGACGCUACACCACGCGUCUCUACGUGAGCUACACCACUUGGUACGCCCUCGGAACGCUUGCUAGCAUGCAAAUUCCUUUUGUCGGCUUCCUGCCCGUCAAGACCAGCGAGCACAUGCCCGCUCUUGGCAUCUUCGGCUUCCUGCAGUUCAUUGGAUUUAUCCAGUAUGUCCGUUCCGCCAUCUCUGGAAAGCAGUUCCAGACGUUCCUGGCCACCUUGGUCAUUGGCACGUUUGGCAUUGGCCUCUUCGGCCUCGUCGCCCUCACCUCGCUCGGCUACAUUGCUCCUUGGGGCGGCCGCUUCUACUCGCUGUGGGACACCAGCUACGCCAAGAUUCACAUUCCCAUUAUUGCCUCGGUCUCGGAGCAUCAGCCCACUGCCUGGCCCGCCUUCUUCUUUGACCUCAGCAUGCUGAUCUGGCUGUUCCCUGCCGGUGUCUACAUGUGCUUCAACGACCUCAAGGAUGAGCACGUCUUUGUCGUUGUCUAUGCUCUAUUUGGCAGCUACUUUGCAGGUGUCAUGGUCCGUCUCAUGCUUACCCUCACUCCUGUAGUCUGUGUAGCUGCUGCCAUUGCGGCGUCGCAGAUUCUGGACUCGUACCUGUCUGUUGAGACACCCACCGAAGCCGAGGUUGAGAGCGCCGAGGCAGCUGCAAAAAAUCCAGUCAAGAAUGGCAGCCUCCGCGGAAGCGAGAGGCCUACGAUUGGUAUCUUUAGCAACGUGUCCAAGAUUUCGGUUGUCUCGGCCAUGACCAUCUAUCUACUGAUGUUUGUCACUCACUGUACCUGGGUUACCUCCAACGCCUACUCGUCGCCGUCGGUCGUCCUCGCUAGUCGCAUGCCUGACGGAUCCCAGCACAUCAUUGAUGACUACCGUGAGGCGUACCAGUGGCUGCGCCAAAACACAAAGGAGGAUGCUAAGAUUAUGGCUUGGUGGGACUAUGGCUACCAGAUUGGUGGCAUGGCCGACCGCCCCACUCUUGUCGACAACAAUACCUGGAACAACACUCACAUUGCCACUGUUGGCAAGGCCAUGAGCUCCCGCGAAGAGGUCAGCUAUCCUAUCAUGCGUCAGCACGAGGUUGACUAUGUUCUGGUGGUAUUCGGCGGUCUUCUCGGCUACUCCGGGGACGAUAUCAACAAGUUCCUUUGGAUGGUCCGUAUCGCCGAGGGCAUCUGGCCCGACGAGGUCAAGGAGCGCAGCUUCUUCACGGAGCGCGGCGAGUACCGAGUGGACGAGGGUGCCACUGACACGAUGAAGAACAGCUUGAUGUACAAGCUGUCCUACUACAACUUCCACACCAUGUUCCCUCCUGGUCAGGCCUCUGAUCGCGUCCGUAACGUCCGCCUGCCGAGCGAGGGCCCCGUCCUCAACUCGCUCGAGGAGGCCUUUACCAGCGAGAACUGGAUCAUUCGUGUGUACAAAGUCAAGGAUCUGGACAACGUGGGCCGUGACCACGCCGCCGCCGCGGCGUUUGCGCGUGGCCAGAAGAAGAGGAAGGCGUCCAAGAAGUCUGGACCCCGCCUUCUGCGCGUUGAUUAG